UGACAUUUGAAUAAGGCUCCGGCUGGUGGGUCAAGCAUGGUCCUUGCCCUGGGAGCUCCUGAUCCAGGAGGAGAGAAGAAAAAUAAACAGGCAGAGGGAGGGAAAUAGGCUGGGGCAGGCACGAAGGGAUGCCUUGUUCCGGCCUUAGAGCAGGACGUGUGCAGGGCCGAUCCAGAGAGGGGGAAGAUUCCUGCUCUCUUCUGCACUUCUCUGAGGAAGGACCCAGGCGCAGCUGCUCUCCUCCUGGCUGAGACUGGACACCCCCAGGCAAGUGGGUCUGGCUCUGGAGGAAGAAAAUAGAGUGAUCCCCAGCUGUUACCAGUUCACCCAAAGGUAUUGUUGGAUAAACCGAAUGAAUUCGGGCGUAAGGAAAAGUGAACACAAAAAAGAAAAACCCGAGUGAGUCCAGAGGGACAGAGCUCCAGAACUGGGCGUGUCCUCCCAACAUGGCCUCCACCGCCUCCCCUGUGCCGCCCACCACCGAGGCUGCCAGUUCUGAGAACAGCAGUUCCUUCUAUGACUAUGAAUACUACCUGGACCAGGUGGCCUUCAUGCUCUGCAGGAAAGACGAGGUGCUGGCCUUUGGCAGGAUCUUCCUGCCAAUCUUCUACAGCCUCAUCUUCGUGCUGGGUUUGGGCGGGAACCUCCUUCUUCUAGUGGUCUUGCUUCGGUAUGUACCUCGCAGGCGGAUGACUGAGGUCUAUCUGCUGAACCUGGCCAUCUCCAACCUCCUGUUUGUGGUGACGCUGCCUUUCUGGGGCGUUUCUGUGGCCUGGCAUUGGGUGUUUGGGAGUUUCUUGUGCAAGAUGGUGAGCACCCUCUACACCGUCAACUUCUACAGCGGCAUCUUCUUCCUCAGCUGCAUGAGCCUGGACAAGUACCUGGAGAUCGUCCACGCUCAGCCCCACCACGGGCUGAGAACCCAGGCCAAGAGCCUGCUCCUGGCUGCCCUGGUAUGGGCUGUGGCUGUGGCUGUCUCCGUCCCGGACAUGGUCUUUGUGCAGACACAUGAAAACCCCCCGGGCGUGUGGAACUGCUAUCCAGAUUUUGGAGGUCACUCGACCAUCUGGAAGCUCUUCCUCCGUUUCCAGCAGAACGUCCUGGGGUUUCUCCUUCCACUCCUUGUCAUGAUCUUCUUCUACUCCCGCAUUGGCUGCGUGCUGGUCAGGCUGAGGCCCCCGGGCCAGGGCCGGGCUCUAAGGAUAGUCAUAGCCCUGGUGGUGGCCUUCUUCGUGCUGUGGUUCCCGUAUAACCUCACCUUGUUUCUGCACUCGAUGCUGGACCUGCAAGUCUUUGGGGAAUGCAAGGUUACCAAACACCUGGAUUAUGCACUCCAGGUGACAGAGAGCAUCGCCUUCCUUCACUGCUGCUUCACCCCCAUUCUCUAUGCUUUCUCCAGCCGCCACUUCCGCCAGUACCUGAAGGCUUUCCUCGUCACCAUGCUCAGGCGGCACCAGGCAUCCGGCCCUGCACAGGCCCCGCUGUCCAGCUGCUCUGAGAGCAGCAGGCUCACUGCCCAAGAAGAAAUGACAGGCAUGAAUGACCUCGGGGAGAGGCAGGCCGAGAGCUCCCCCGACAAGAGUGAUAUGGGGGGAAAUUAAGCCCAAGUGGCCAUACCACAGUCUGGGGAGACUGGAUGGGACCUAGCUCAGUUGGGCAUCCCCCCAGAGUCCUCUCUCCAAAGGCCUCAGGGACCAAGUUGCCACACCCCGUGGUCAGUUCUCAGUGCCCCACGAUCAGCGGCAUUUGCUUACUCCCGCCUCCUUCCUCCACUUUCUCCACUGCCUUCCAGGAAACCAGACUCUCGUGCAUGAAUUGCUAGAGUAGCUUCCCAACUGACCUCUGUGCUUCUUGUUGUCAUGCUCUCCUGUCAUCUAAUCUGCACCCACCAGCCAGAACGAUCACCUCACCCUCAGCCAUCACUCCCAUCUUCCUCAGAGUACACCAAGGCUUGCCACCCACCAGUCGGCUCCCUUCCCUGGGGCUCAGCUGGGAAAUACUGCUGCCAUGUUGUUUAAUGUCACAGCGUUGAUAGUGGCUCCAAGGGUCUGGCAAGUAGGAGGGGCUGGGAAGUGCCCCAGGUGGGGCAGUUCCGUGGAACGUGAGAGCUAGCAGGUGGGAGGUAGACUGCACACAUGUUCCCAACAGCCCAGGAGGAUCACCCUUCCUCUGCUUCCCAUACCCCCUCCCUGGAGCCUUCAGGGGGGGUGUCCCCGGGGUCUGCACAAUUAAGUCCAAAGUCUUUGUCCAGCUUUGAGGCUGGAGCUUUCACAAGUAGAGUCCCAUACACCAGUUUACCCUUAUACUCCUUCAUUACUUUUCACUUCCUGGGCACUGGGCACCCCUUGUUUCUUGCGCGUUCCCACCUCCGUGUUUUGUGCUCGCCCACUCUCUUGUGUAACGGGUUAUUUUUCUCCCAGCUGUCCCCUCAUCCUUGUCCUGUAAUGGAAUUCUGCUUGCUCUGGGAAACCACCCGUGGUUCACUCUGCCCUGUGCUUUGGGUAGAGUUCGGGUAGAACAUAGGCCAAUUACAGCCUUACCUUUCCCUGGCAUGGUGAUUCAUUUAGGACAGGCACAGGACCCAGGCAGAGCUUGUGAAAUGCGGCAAGUAGAAGAGUCUAGAACAGAGGCAUGAGACUGAAGCCAAGAGGAUGUGCGCUGUGGGGGUGCUCCUUCAUCUACUCGAAUUUCAGAGGGUGAGGCGAUAGCGCCGUGAGGGAGCAGACCCCAAGGGCAGUGUGGAAGCCACAGAAGCUCGUCAUGGCUAAAGCUCAUUCCAGCUCUGGACUUGACAGUUACACGAACCAAUCUGUCCCUUCCCGUGGUGAUGUUUUGUUACUUGCAAUUUAAGGAUUCCUGGCUGAUAGGCCCUGCCUGGGUGCUUCCCUCUUCAUGUCUCUGAUGGUUAGCAUCUGCCCUGGCCACUGAAGACCUUUCCCCAGGGAGCCCCUGGCCCACAGGGACAUCUCCCUUUCCUGAACUUCUAAAGCAUCCACGGCUUUUCCCCACCUACCAGAACCACCUGGUACAACCUGCCCACAUCCUGCCGUGUCCGUCCUGAAAAACAAAGCACGGCGCCUGGCAGACAGCAGUGCAUGGAAGGAAACUUACAGGUGGAUAGAAUAGAGGACAAGAGAACACAGGGCUGUGUGUAUGCAAGCUCCAGGAGACCGGGGACUUUGCCAUGUGUUAAAUCGAUAUUCCCUGUGCUUAAGGCAGUGCUCAGAAUAUAGCGGAGGCUCAUUAAGUUUUUUUUUUUCAACGAAUGACUGGAUGGAUAGAAAUGGAGCAGGUAGUCAACAUUCUGCCAUUCUUUCUUCUCUUCCCCUGAGCUUUGGAUGCUCUCAUUAUAGCCCACGUGUCAUGAGCAGGGCUGUCCCUGGAUGGUGCCAGAGUUGACUGUGCUGAUUUUUCUCUUGUUGUUUUUCCCCUCCUCCAUCUAACUCAGCUCUUGUGCCUUUACUUCUCUGCCCCAAGGCCCCAGAGUCCCACUGUCAUGAAGGACUCUGAGCUCCCUUGGUGCCCUAGGAGAUGAAGCUCUGGAUCUGAAGGUGGUGAUUUGUUUGAGGAUGUGGGGGAUAGGGUUCUAUUUUAGAGCUCCUGAAAUCUGCCCCACAGGGAACCCACAGAGCAGCCUGACUGUACUAAUAGGGUCUGGGGACCCAGAGUCUCUGACUUUGUAUCCAUGUUGCACGGAUGGAAUGGGACAAGGUAUGCCAGCCAAGCGACAUCUGGCAGGGCUUGUCCCCAGCACUGGUGCGUGUGUGUGUGUUUGUGAGUUGCCGUGUGGGCUGUGCAUGGUACAUAUGGCUGUGUAUGUAGGUCCGACAUGAACAUGUCACUGUGUCCACAUGGGUCUGUGUCUGUGCCCACAGGUCUUCUGUGUGUUCCCGUGUGUCUUUCUCUAGCAGUGUACGUGUGGGUAUGUGCUCUCUGCAAACAGCAGGUGUAUAAGAAGGGCCCUGAAGCCUGUGCCCUGGGGGAGGAGAAGAGCUGGCCACAGGUGACCCACUGAUCCCUCUCACUGACCUCAUUGCCAUCGACUGCAGCUGACCGUAUUGAGGGCUCUCACUGUAGCAGGUACCAGCCAGGGAGUGAAUUGGAGGUGGGCUCUCAGAGCCUGGGCUGGGACGGAGCCCUCUCCAUCCAGACCUUACUCCCCAGCCUGGACGUUGGUUCUUCGUGCUGCUCUCCAUCUGCCCAAAGGCCUGGCUCCCUGGCUGCACUGCUCAGAUGUUUCUAGGAAAGCUCCCAGGAUUCUCUUGGUCCUCAGGUUCUGAGGCAAGAUGGACUUUUCCCCUGGCUGACCCAGGGAGAAGGACAGCCAUGGCUCUGGCUGGGAGCAGGGCUGCUCGCCCUCUACUCUCUGAAGGUUUGAGGGUUUACAGCUGUUCCUACCUAUGGAAAAAAACCCAAACCAAGCCAAAACAAAAACCUCUUCUCUUUCCCAGGUGCCUGCAAUUCUGCCACUGGCCUGUCAUCCCUGAUCUUGCUUUGUUAGAAGUUAUCCUCAGAGAAUACACAUAGUGGGCUUUUCUUCGAGGGAGAAGAAAUCUGGUGCAGAAAUGAGGAUUUGGGGGUCAGGACUGCUGUGUCAGAACAGGUAGCAACUAGAUGUCUCCUUGGGGGUUUCAGUCUUCCUACCGUCUCAAGGCCCUGGUAGGGAAGGAAGGGUAGCCCUUGUAGAGAGUGUGUCCAGCCCCCAUGCGCAGGGCAUAGGACUGCAGGUGCCACAGGCCCCUCCCUUGCCUGCAGGUGGGCAUUGGCCUCUCUGUGCACAGUCUAAUCCUGGGUGCUCACUGCUUCCUGGGAGGCCUGUUGUUAUGGUGAGUAUCCAUGACUAUGGGAUGGUGUACUUGUAUUCACCUCGACCUGACCCACUGACGGUUCCCUUGGUCCCAGGCAUACCCUCAAACAUGAAGCUCCUGGAAGAGCUACACGAAGUCGCUCUCAGUUGAGAGCUCUUGGUCUUGACUCAGUGCACUUGGGCCCACAGGUCAGGCCCCUGGUCCAGAUUUCUCUGGGUGUGGGGAAAAUGAGGGGCUGCAGCGCCUAGGUCUGGGCAGGGCCCAGGAGUGUCUGAAACCCUACAUCUUUGCCCAGAUCCCAAUACCUGCUCUGGCACAGGGCCUGGCUGUGUGGAGAGGCUCGUUGGUAAGCUCCCCAUGGUGGCUCCCAGCCUCUCAGUCCCUUUCACCCUCUCCUGUGCUCCCCAUGUGACUUUUCUUGUGCUCUUGGCCCCUUGCGGAAUAGGAUGGGAUAUUCUGGCUUCUCUGAGCCAGUCAGAGCUCUGUCAGGCUCCCAACAGACAUCAUCAUUUUGGGGCAGCUAGACCCAGAGAAAGGCACACUCUGGCCCAGCGUCAUAUAGGUAGUGGGGGCAGACUCCUGCCUCCAGUCCCAGCCCCUACCUGAGUUACUCUAACAGCCUGUCAUUCUAGCAAAACUCUGGACAGAAGAGCCAACCUCAAAAAAA